GCAAAAAAUAAUUUUUAAAAACUAACUACCAUAUUAAUAUAUACUAAAAUGUUUGCCAAAAUAACAACCAUACUGUUGAUUGGAUUCUGUGUAUAUAUUGAAUGCCAACAAGAAAAUGGUUGCGAGAGUGGGUUCGGUGGCAGUCGUGGCGGUGGACGAGGGGGUCGUGGAGGUGGUGGACGUGGAGGUAAUGGACGUCCCAAUGGUGGCCAACAGUCCGGGUUUGGAGGACCUAAUGGUGGCCAACAGCCCGGGUUUGGAGGACCUAAUGGUGGCCAACAGUCCGGGUUU